AUGCUCUCCGCGUUCACAGCCCGCCCCAUCAUCGAGCUGCGGCUGCGGGACAAGUCAAAGAUCGAGUCCAUACUUGCCCAUGGUAGGUUGCCCCCUCCUUUCUUGAAUGAAUUGAGCGCUGACCGGGAAGGCGAUCGUAUUCUUGUUGGAUUGAACACCGGUGCGCUGCGCGUGUAUCGCCUGAACGACCUGCAUCCCUCGGACGACUCGAAGCCAAGCCCGAACGAACAAGUCGUCGCUAGUCCGCCACAGAAUGGCGAGAGGCCAACGUCGCGGUCGAAUCCUUCCCGGCCGACGGAUCUGCUGCGCGAAAUAGAAAAGUUCUCUACCAGGGGGGUCGAGCAGCUCGCCAUUAUCAAGGAAGCCAACACAAUCGUCUCGCUGUCCAAUUACCACGUCUCACUGCACCACCUGCACAACUACGAAUUGGUCGAGACUCUAUCUCGAACGAAGAACGCGACUUGCUUUGCCGUCACCUCGAACAUUGUCAAAGAUGCCGAGACGGGCAUUCCCGAAAUUAUCAGUCGACUGGUUGUCGCCGUCAAGAGGAGGAUCCUGCUAUGGUCAUGGCAUGAGAGUGAGCUGAGCGAGCAAGUCGCAGAGAUCAGUCUCUCGGAAACAAUCAGGUCCGUGACGUGGGCGAAUGCGACAAAGCUGCUCUGUGGCAUGAACGGGGGCUAUGUCAUGGUCGAUGUCAUAUCGCACGACGUUGAGGAGAUUAUGAGCCCCGGCACAAUGCAGGCAGGCAACCAGGGUAGUCGCUUUGGUGCCGUAGGUAGCGCUGGCAUGGGCUACAUGGGCUUGGGAGGAUACAUGCCGAAACCACUCGCCGCGCGACUCGCAGAAGGGGAGAUGCUACUCGCCAAGGAUAUCAAUACCCUAUUCGUGGACGACAAGGGCAAGCCAUUAGAUCGGAAACAGAUCCCUUGGCAGUCCGCGCCAGAGUCCAUCGGAUACUCCUACCCAUAUAUACUUGCUCUUCUGCAGCCCUCGAAAGGCUCGCUCGAAGUUCGCAACCCGGAGACAUUGACCUUGUUGCAGUCGAUUUCCCUGCCGGGCGCGUCUCAGCUUCACUUUGCGCCCCCGACGUCCAGUCUGGCCCAUGCAGGAAAGGGCUUCCACAUCUCCAGCGAUCGGUGUAUAUGGAAGAUGGAUACAACGGACUAUGACUCGCAAAUCCAAGAGCUGAUACGGAGCACACAAUAUGAUGAAGCUAUAAGUGUCCUAGGAAUGCUUGAGGAUGCCCUCCUGAAGAAUAAGACGGAAACGCUCCGCGAGGUCAAGAUGCUCAAGGCGGAAUCGUUAUUCAGACAGAAGAAAUUCCGGCAAUCGAUGGACCUCUUUAACGAAGACGACGUCCAUGCACCGCCGGAAAGGGUUUUGCGGCUGUUCCCACCGAGAAUCUCAGGGGAGCUGUCAGCAUACCCCGAUCAUGAGGAGGCCUCGCCGCAGCAGGACGAUACUCCAUCCAAAAAGACAAACGGAACCAGGUCAGAUAGCCCAGUGGGGUCGGCAGACCCAUCAUCACCACCAAACAUUGGUAGUUUCGCCAAGCUUUUUGGAGGUGGGCAUAAGAAGGCUUCUGACGCUGCCUCCAUCACAUCCAAGAAGGAGACCAAGGAAGAGCCCGAAGCAGACGACUCGUCGGCCAGUGCUAAAGACACAGAAAGCCAGGAUCCGCUUGUUCUUGAGGGCAAGGAUCUGACAAACGCCGUGCUAGAGCUGAACAGCUAUCUGGCGGGGACGCGCGCUCGUCUACAGCGCGUCAUUGACCCGAUCACAGGCCAGCUGAAGCCGCGAAGCGACAGCAACGGCAGUCUCGAAGAUGCUGCGGAGCGUUUCUUGCGGACGUCACCCACGGAUACAGAGAAGGAACUGGAAGAGACCUUGAGGAAGACAUUCCGCGUGGUCGACACGACGCUUUUCCGAGCGUACAUGUUCUCCCGACCGACUUUGGCAGGCUCGCUCUUCCGUAUUCCCAACUUCUGCGACCCUGAUGUGGUCAAUGAACGUCUUCUUGAGCAAAACCGCUACAUGGAGCUGAUCGACUUUUUCUACGGGAAGAAACUACACAAGGAGGCACUUGAGCUUCUGAAGAAAUUCGGCUCGGCGACGAAACCUGACCCAGCGGCCCCUACACUGCAUGGGCCCGAUAGAGCCAUACAAUACCUCCAGGGACUGUCGCCCGAGAACAUUGACCUGAUUCUCGAACAUGCCAAGUGGACACUCAAGGCAAACGCGGGCUACGCCAUGGAGAUCUUUGUGGGCGACACGGAGAAUGCGGAGACGCUACCGCGCGAGAGAGUACUGACCUUUCUCAAAGAGCAAGAUCCUCAACUGGAAGCUCAGUAUCUGGCGCACAUUAUCGAUGAACUUGGCGACGACACAACCGAGUUUCACAAUCGACUCGUCCAAUUAUAUGUGCGCAACUUGACGACCAUGGUGAAGGGUGAAGAGUGGGAUCGUACCAUGCACAAUUUCCUCAACUUCCUUCGCGAGUCGAAACAGUACAGUCUGAGCAAAGCAUUCAGUCUCAUACCCCGGGAUGACGCCAUCUUCUACGAGUCGCAAGCCGUUGUGUUGAGCAACAUGGGUCAACAUAAACAAGCUUUAGAAAUCUUUGUCUUCAAGCUGAAGGAUUAUGCGAAAGCGGAAGAUUACUGCAAUCGUGUGCUUUUGUCGCAGGAUACGCCCACAAGCGUCGAGGAUCCCGACGACAGUGCCCCUUCCAUCUACCACACCCUCUUGUCGUUGUACUUGCAACCGCCAUCAUCCCACAAGCCAGAUUUGCCGCCAGCUCUCGAUCUCCUCUCCAAGCAUGGCUCUCGCUUGCCAGCGACCUCCACGCUCAGCCUGAUCCCAGACGACAUCCCCGUCGGCGAUCUCGAGGCCUACUUCCGUGGACGCAUACGGGCAGUCAACAGUCUUGUGAACCAGACCCGCGUUGUUGCUGGCCUGCGCAAGUCCGAGGGCAUCUCCGUGGCAGCGCGACUGCAUCUGGGCGACGAUCAAGAAGGAGGCCAAGGUGGACGGAACAGGCAUGUGACGAUCACGGAUGAGAGACAUUGCGUGGUGUGCCACAAGAAACUCGGCGGCGGCAUGAGGAUGGGCGGUACGGUCGUUGCGGUGCUGCCGGACAAUACAGUCGUCCAUUAUAGUUGCCUGAGUCGAGUGCCUGGCCAGCGCCCAGAGAGCUCGAGAGCACCGAGCUGGGGUCGUGGGUUCUGA